AUGGACCUCACGUUCAAUGGCCUAUCAGGAAGCAUCCCUCCCGCCAUAGGUAACCUCACAAGCCUGGAGGUUCUUGCCCUAAAGUCCAACCACCUAUCCGGUCCAAUUCCGGCAGAGCUGCACAACCUUCAGACCCUGAACCGCAUAAACCUCCAGAGAAAUUUCCUAACCGGAUCGAUCCCAGACAAUCUAUUCAACAACACACCCUUGUUAACCUACCUAAACUUUGGCAACAACAGCUUGUCAGGAUCGAUACCAUCUUGCAUUGGCUCCUUGCCAUCGCUCGAGUACCUCAACCUGCAGGUGAAUCGCCUUGCCGGCGCGGUGCCUGCAGCCAUCUUCAACAUGUCCACUCUUCAGAUUCUAGCGCUCACCUACAACCACGGAUUAACCGGCCCGGUUCUUGGAAACGCAAGCUUCAGCCUCCCGAUGCUGCAGGCGUUCUCCAUCGGGUCCAACAGUUUCACCGGGCAGAUUCCGUCGGGGCUCACGGCGUGCAGGUUCCUGGAACGUGUUGACAUGACUGAAAAUCUGCUCGAGGGCGUUCUGCCAACGUGGCUGGGAAGUUUAACGCGUCUCACCUUCCUUUCGUUGGGUGGGAACAGCUUUGCUGGCCCGAUUCCUGCAGAGCUUGGCAAUCUGACUAUGUUAAGUAGCCUGGACCUCUCGGUCUGCAACCUGACGGGAUCCAUUCCUGUGGAGCUCGGACGCAUGAGCCAGCUCUCGUUGCUGCUGCUCUCUGCCAAUCAGCUAAGCGGAUCCAUCCCAGCUUCUCUUGGAAACCUGUCUGAAUUCGGAUACAUGGCACUGGAUAUAAACCGGUUGGUUGGUACAAUACCGCCAGCACUCUGUAACAUGAACUCUCUGUUUUUUAUCAGUGUUUCAGAAAACAGCCUGCAGGGGGAUUUCAGCUUCCUGUCAGCUCUUUCCAACUGCCAGCAACUUUCUUACCUUGACAUAUCGAUGAAUCGUUUCGUCGGUAGCCUCACCGCAAACCACAUGGGAAAUUUGUCCAGUGACCUGCAGACAUUCCGUGCAGUUGGAAACAAGAUAGUUGGUGAGCUUCCAGCUGCAAUCUCAAAUCUAACUGGUCUCCUUAGGCUUGAACUUUCAGAUACCCAGCUGCGCAGCGCAAUUCCAGAGUCUAUGGCUAUGCUGCAGGGCCUCCAGUGGCUUGGUCUUCAAAGAAAUAACAUGUUCGGCCCCAUCCCAUCAAAUCUUGCCAUGCUGAAGAAUAUGGUAAUACUAUAUCUUCGUAGCAACGAAUUCUCCGGCUCCAUACCAAGGGACAUUGGUAACCUGACAGUGUUAGAAGAUUUUAGUUUGGCUAAUAAUAGGUUAUCCCGGACUAUACCACCAAGUUUAUUUCAUAUUGAUAGCCUUAUCCUUCUAGAUCUUUCUCAAAACCUCUUGGAAGGUGAAUUGCCAGUUGAUAUAGGCUAUAUGAAGCAAAUUAAUGUCAUGGAUCUCUCUGCAAACCUCUUGGUUGGUAGUCUCCCGGAUUCAAUCACACAACUGCAAAUGAUGGCCUACUUGAACCUAUCACACAAUUCCUUCUCCGGUUCAAUCCCAAUGUCUUUCAUAAAUCUAACCAGCUUGCAAUUUCUGGACCUGUCAUAUAAUGAUCUUUCUGGUACAAUACCAAAUUAUCUGGCCAACUUUUCCAUCCUUACUAGCUUGAACCUGUCUUACAAUGAGCUACAAGGUCAGAUACCUGAAGGUGGUGUAUUCUCAAACAUCACCCUGCAAUCCUUGAUUGGGAACACAGGGCUUUGUGGUGCUCCACGUCUAGGAUUUUCACAAUGUCCAAGUCCAAGAGGCUCUAGAAGAAAUAAUGGUCACAUGCUGAAAGUUCUCCUACCUACUACCAUCAUUGUAGUAACUGGAGUUGUAGCUUUCUGCAUAUAUGUAAUAGUUAGAAAUAGAAAUCAGAAGCAGCAAGGUAUGACGACGGUUUCUGCCGGUUCGGUUGACAUGAUCAGUCAUCAGUUGGUCUCCUACCAUGAGCUUGUUCAUGCCACCGAUAAUUUUAGUGAGAGCAACUUACUUGGAUCUGGGAGCUUUGGAAAAGUUUACAAGGCUCAACUAAGGAGUGGUUUGAUUGUUGCCAUAAAAGUUCUAGACAUGCAACAAGAGCAGGCCAUAAGAAGCUUCGAUGCCGAGUGCAGUGCGCUACGCAUGGCGCGGCACCGCAACCUAAUUAGGAUACUCAAUACAUGCUCCAACCUGGACUUUAGGGCGCUAGUGCUUCCCUACAUGCCGAAUGGAAGUUUAGAGACGCUUCUGCACUGCUCUCAAGGGACAACACAUCAGCUGGGAUUCCUUGAGAGGCUAGGCGUCAUGCUCGAUGUGGCAUUGGCAAUGGAGUAUCUGCACUAUGAGCACUGCAAUGUGGUCUUGCAUUGUGAUUUGAAGCCUAGCAAUGUAUUGUUCGAUCAGGACAUGACAGCACAUGUGGCUGACUUCGGCAUUGCAAGGUUGCUAGUAGGUGAUGACAGCUCUACCAUCUCUGUGAGCAUGCCUGGAACUAUUGGGUACAUUGCACCAGAGUAUGGGGCACAAGGAAAAGCAUCACGGGAAAGUGACGUGUACAGCUUUGGAGUUAUGCUCUUGGAAGUCUUCACUAGAAAGAGACCGACGGACGCUGCUUUUGCCGGAAAUCUAACCCUGAGGCAGUGGGUUUUUGAGGCGUUUCCAACAGAGCUUGUCCGUGUUGUUGAUGAUCAGCUACUACCAUGGUUGUCUAGCUGCAAUCUGGAAGCCUUUCUUGUGCCGGUAUUCGAGUUAGGUUUGCUGUGCUCCAGUGACUCACCGGACCAAAGGAUGGCAAUGAGUGAUGUGGUCACGAGGCUGAAGAAGAUCCUGGCAGAGUGCAACAAAUCGGUAGCAGCUGCGCUCAAGACAGCAGCACAGUGA